AAAGGACUAAAAAGAGAUUAUUUAUAUAAAAAUAUUAUAUACAAAAUGGGGGGAGGAGAUUUGAAUAUGAAAAAAUCAUGGCAUCCUCUCUUGAUUCGCAAUCAAGAGAAGGUAUGGAUGGAGGAGAAAAAAGCCUUAGAAGAAAGAAAAAGAAUUGAACAAAUAAAAAAAGAAAUAGAAGAAGAAAGACAGCUUCAAGAAUUGCAGAAAUUGCAAGAAGCAUCAGGUGGAAAAAAACGUGUAGAACGUUUAGAUUGGAUGUACGCAGCACCUCAUCUUUCAGAUGAUUCAAGAACAACUGAAGAAAUGGAAGCAUAUUUAUUAGGAAGAAAGAGAAUAGAUGAUAUUCUUAAAGAUGAUAAUAAAAAGCUUGAAAAUGGAAAAACUCCAUUUAUUGCUACACAAAAUGCAAAUACAGUAAGAGAUAUUCAAAAUAAAAUAAGGGAAGAUCCUUUGUUAGUUAUUAAAAAACAAGAACAAGCACAAUAUGAAGCUAUUAAAAAUAAUCCUAUUAAAUUGCGUCAACUUAUGGAAGCACAAAAUGUAAAAAAAAGAAAAGAAAAUGGAAAUAAUCAUCAUUUAGAUCAUUCUCAAUCAAAUCAUAGUAAUAAUAAAUCAAAAAACCAUGAUUCACAUCAACGACAUUCUGAUCGAUCUCUAUCUAGACAUCAUCAUCAUCAUCAUCAUCGUACCUCAAGAUCACCAAUUUCUCGUUCAUCAAGAUCAAUAUCACCACGUCGAUCUUCCCGUUAUGAAAGAUAUUAUGAAAGAUCAUAUAUUUCAAAUCAUCGCUCUUCAAAUACAUCAAAUAUAUCAAACAAUACAAUUAAUGGCAAAGAUAAAGAAAAUGAAAAAGAAAGACAAGAACGACUUGCUGCUAUGACAAAAAAUGCCGAAACAUUAGAUAAAGAACGUCAAAAUCGUUUAUUAAAACUUUCUAAACAAGAAGCAGAGGAUGAACAAAGAGAACAUAAUGAAAGAAUGGCUAAUAAAAAAUGGGGUGAUAAUAAAAGUACUUAUUUAAGACAAAUGGCAAGGCAAACAUAUGGCGAUUCAAUGGAUUUAUCUCAACGAAUACGAAGAAAUGGACAAACUCAGCUAGGCGAUUAACUUUUUUAAAAUAUAUAUAUAUCAAAAAAAUACUAUAAAAAUUUA